AUGUCUCAUUCCCACGACGGAGGUCCAUCCCACUCUCACCAUCAACCAGCUGGUGACCAUGGACACACUCAUGAGAUUCUUGAUGGGCCAGGUAGUUUCAUGGGUCGAGAAAUGCCAAUCAUAGAAGGUAGGAAUUGGUCCGAAAGAGCUUUUACCGUUGGUAUUGGAGGACCUGUAGGCUCAGGCAAGACAGCAUUGAUGUUAGCACUCUGUAAUGCCCUCAGAGAAAAAUACUCAAUCGCAGCCGUUACCAAUGAUAUCUUUACUCGAGAGGACGCUGAGUUCCUCACCAAACACAAAGCUCUUCCUGCAUCACGUAUCCGUGCCAUUGAAACUGGCGGAUGCCCGCAUGCCGCUGUUCGUGAAGAUAUUUCAGCGAACCUUGCUGCUCUCGAAGAUCUGCACCGUGAAUUCACUUCCGACAUUUUACUCAUUGAAUCCGGAGGUGAUAACUUGGCGGCAAAUUAUUCUAGAGAGCUGGCUGAUUACAUCAUCUACGUGAUUGACGUCAGUGGCGGAGACAAGAUUCCGAGGAAGGGCGGUCCAGGAAUUACUCAAAGUGAUCUGUUGGUGGUGAACAAGACAGAUUUGGCGGAAGCUGUGGGCGCAGAUUUGGAUGUGAUGGAUAGAGACGCCAGAAAGAUGAGGGAAGGAGGCCCAACUGUUUUUGCUCAGGUCAAGAGCGGCGUCGGAAUGGAACAUAUUGUAGGCUUAAUUGAGAGUGCGUGGAGGGGUAGUGGUGCAGAGAGAGUCAGCAAAGAAAGGGGCGGCCCAAGAGCCACAGAGGGCUUGGAACAACUGAAGUAA